AUGGCACCCGUCCUACGGGCGAGACAGAGCCUCCCCAAGGACAAAUUUUCGUCGUACUUUGGCGGUCUACGCAGUCAGCCGUACAAUGAUCCGAAUUCGACCAGGGGCGGAUCACACACGUUGAGGGCUAUUGCGUGGAAUCCGCUGGGGACGUUGGUCGCGACGGGGUCGUUGGAUAAGACGCUGCGAGUUUGGAAUCCUGAGAAGCCGCAUGUGAAAUUCUCCACCGAGUUAAAAGGCCAUGCUGCAGCUGUCGAGAAAGUAGCAUUCAAUCCGACCAAGGACGCGGAACUGUGUAGCGUGAGUGCAGACGGCGUCGUCAAGUUCUGGGACGUCAGAACAAAAGCAUGCUUCAACGAAGUCAGAGGUCUAGGCGAUGCGUUGAGUUUGAUAUGGGCGCCAGACGGGGAGACGUUGAUUGUAGGGAACAAGGCGGACAACAUCUACGUUCUUUCGCCGCGACAGUCAACGCCCCUGUCGUCGCACCAGCAGGACAUGCAGACUAACCAGAUUGCAUUCUGCUUCAGCGGCACCAAGAUAUUCCUGACUACGUCGGAGGGCCGCAUCCGCAUCUUGUCGUAUCCGGAUUUUAAGCCGUUGCUGAAUUGGCCGCAGGACGGGGAGGCGGAGUACAUGCUUAAUGGGCAUACGUCGUCUUGUCUGACGGUGGAGAUGCAGCCCACGGCGAGGUAUUUGGCGACGGGGGGGUCUGAUUCGAUUAUUGCGUUGUGGGAUACGACGGAUUGGGUUUGUCAGAGGACGUUGACGAGGAUGACGGGCCCGGUGAGGAGUAUAAGUUUUACGUUUGAUGGGAGUUAUGUUGUUGGUGGGAGUGAUGAAGGUAAUGGGCUAGAAGUGUCGCAUGUGGAAACUGGUGAGCAUGUUCACACGUUCAAGACGGCGGGCUCGUCGCCUGUAGUGGCGUGGGCGCCGACUCGGUAUUGUUUGGCGUUUAGUGAUCUCGGUGUUCUUCGGAUAGUUGGCGUGGAUGUAGAUAGGAAGUAG